CAGUCUGAUUGGUUGGGAAGCUGCUUUCACAAGAUCUCUGUGUGGGAAGGGAACCCUAUGUAUAAAUACCCCCCAAAACAAGCGUCAGGCACAGCGUGAUUCUUUUAAGACCUGCGAGGAGCUGUGUUUAUUAUACGGGAAAAUGGUCAGCCGAGUCGAACACCCUGCUGGUGGUUACAAGAAAAUCUUUGAGACAUGCGAGGAACUGGCAGAGCCUAUUCCAGCUCAGGUCACAGGCAGGAUCCCCCCAUGGCUGAGGGGAAGCCUUCUGCGUCUGGGACCCGGCCUGUUUGAGGUGGGGGAUGAGCCCUUCUACCACCUCUUUGAUGGCCAGGCACUCAUGCACAAAUUUGACUUGAAGAACGGGCAGGUCACCUACUACCGAAAAUUUGUGAAGACGGAUGCCUAUGUGCGUGCCAUGACGGAGAAGAGAGUUGUCAUCACUGAGUUUGGCACUGCGGCCUACCCGGAUCCUUGCAAAAACAUUUUCUCUAGAUUCUUCACAUAUUUCCAGGGUAUUGAGGUGACAGACAACUGCCUUGUAAAUGUGUUCCCAAUUGGAGAGGAUUACUAUGCCGUUACAGAGACCAACUACAUCACAAAAGUCAACCCAGAAAACCUGGAGACUUUGAAAAAGGUGGACCUGUGCAACUACCUCACAAUCAAUGGUGUGACAGCUCACCCCCACAUUGAAAAUGAUGGCACGGUGUACAACAUUGGAAACUGUUUUGGAAAGAACUUCACGCUGGCCUACAACAUUGUCAAAAUCCCUCCAACGCAGCCGGAUAAAUCGGACCCCAUCAAGAAGUCUAAAGUGCUUGUGCAGAUCCCAAGCAGUGAGAGAUUCAAGCCCUCCUAUGUUCACAGCUUUGGCAUCACAGAAAACUACUUCAUCUUUGUUGAAACUCCCGUGAAGAUCAACCUGCUGAAAUUCUUGAGUGCUUGGAGCAUCCGUGGGAGCAACUACAUGGACUGUUUUGAGUCCAAUGAAACCAUGGGUACGUGGUUUCAUUUGGCCACCAGGAACCCUGCACAAUAUGAAAACCACAAGUUCAGGGCUGCAGCCAUCAAUCUCUUCCAUCACAUCAACUGCUACGAGGAUCAGGGCUUCAUUGUGGUUGACCUGUGUGCCUGGAAAGGAUUUGAGUUUGUGUACAACUACCUGUACCUGGCCAACUUGCGUGAGAACUGGGAAGAGGUGAAGAAGGCAGCCAUGAUGGCUCCCCAGCCUGAGGUGCGCCGGUACGUCCUCCCCAUGGACGUGCACAGGGAGGAGCAGGGGAAAAACCUCAUCUCCCUGCCCUACACCACGGCCACCGCCGUCAUGCGCUCUGACGGGACCAUCUGGCUGGAGCCCGAGGUUCUGUUCUCCGGGCCUCGCCAAGCUUUUGAGUUCCCGCAGAUCAACUACAGCAAGUUCUGUGGAAAGAACUACACUUACGCCUAUGGACUUGGCCUCAACCACUUCAUCCCCGACAGGAUUUGCAAGCUGAACGUGAAAACCAAGGAGACCUGGGUGUGGCAGGAACCGGACUCCUACCCCUCUGAGCCUCUAUUCGUGCAGACUCCUGGUAGUGACGGUGAAGAUGACGGGGUCCUGCUGACCAUCGUAGUCAACCCCGGGGCAGGCCAGAGGCCAGGGUACCUCCUGAUUCUGAAUGCCAAGGACCUGACAGAGAUUGCCCGGGCAGAGGUGGAUGUCAUCAUCCCCGUGACCUUCCACGGGAUGUACAAGCCUUAAAACGAACCCGGCAGCGGAGCCAACAAGCACUUCACAGCAACAAGAGCUAUAGGACUGCUAUAGGACUCCCAAGAAUUCUGAUACAGUACAGAAGACGCUGUAUGCCAACGUGAAGCAUUAUGCAAGGUCUUAAUCAUGUUAUAAACUUUCUUCCUUGUCAUGCAGAGAAAUGUAGUCUGUUCAGCUGAUCAUAAUAUCUUAUUAACCUGACUUCAUCUGUUGCGUAACUGAUGCUGGUUAAGCAGGAAAAUGAAAAUGAUAAUCAUUAUGUCCAAUGUCCGCAGCACAGCAUUAUGGUGGCCCUUUUCCUUUCAUUACCCUUUUGGUGUAAAUUGUCAGAGAAAUAUGCCACUCUUGACACACAGCAACAUGUGUAUGCCAUUCAAUGCUGGUACUGUUCUUGUAAGGUGCAGCUAUGGACAAGGAUCUCCCAGAGCCAUUAAAUAAAUACUAUAUGAGUCAAAUAAG